UAUGGGGUCUCAACGUUACGUUGUUACAUUGUAAGUAAAACUUAUAACUGUUAAUACGAUAUAAAUAAUUAACCUGAUAGAGUAAAAAUAACAUAAAAUUUGCGGUCAAUGGGUAUAUAGCCUACAAGUCAAGAGUUACUUAGGUUAAUAUGCUUCAAAACUAAUGGAUUAUUCAAAGUUAACAACAAUAAUUCUAAAACAAAAAAAGGGUACCAUCUUAAUAUUCCAUUAGAGAGGCCACCAUCAACUUGCAUGGAUCCUUUAUAUCUACCAGAGUGUUCUCCAUUUCUGAUAACACAAUGGCCACAAAAAUCUGCUUUUUUCCACCUUUAAUCAUCCUAACAUUAUUAACUUUCAGUUCUUCUGGAAAUGCUCAAGUGUCUGAAGUAACAACUUCUAAUCAAGGUGUUCUCUAUGCUUCUCCACCACCACCAAAUGGAUGUCCCUAUUCUUGCCUUCCUCCACCUACCCCUACAGACUGCCCACCGCCUCCAUCUUCACCACAGCUACCACCUUCAGGGCCAGUCAACUACCCUCCGCCAAUGGGGUAUUAUUUGCCACCAGGUGGAGACUUUUUACCUCCACCAAUGUACGUGUAUGGUCCUCCACCUCCUAAUCCAAUUUUACCUUACCUCCCAUUUUACUACAAGAAUCCACCAUCUGAUUACUCUUCAGCUGCAAGUGAUCAUAAUUUGACAAGCAAGUUAUUGCUACUAUUUACAUUACUCCUUAUCUGGUCACAGUAAUGCACCAAACAAAGGUGGCAUAUUCAAUAUUUUUUAGUACUUGGGACCAAGGAAGUUCAUGUGCAGCUAGCGCUAUCAAGUAAUAGUACAAAUACCAACUCUUUCUGGGUAAAAUCUUCUUUUAUCAAGGUUACUUCUCUGAGAGCAACAGUAAAGUGGCAAGUACUCUGAUUCUCAAUUACUGUCUUCUCUUUUAACUAUUUUUGGAAGGAGAAAGUUGAAAGAAAAAACAUCUCCUUUUUUUCUAACUGAGUUCUUCCCCUAAAAAAUUAUCAAAAACCAACAAAUGGUUCUGGAGAGGAUUUUGUCAAGUAUUGGCUGUUUUUUCCCAAACCCAGCCCCCCUCCCUCCUUUUCAUUUUUGCCUUAUAUUUAAGAAUUUCAUGAAUGCACUGGCUGCUAUAUCUAUAAAUGCAUAUAAGUUAAGCAUGUAAGUAUA